CAGCUGUUUUCACUCGCUGGGUCGGAGAGUGUUUUCGAGGCCAGCACAUUCGUGUUGCUGUCGAGGAACUCGCGCUGCAGUUGUGUGCGAUUUCUUCACAAGUGGAAUGGUAUGUCGUGAGUGACUUCUUUGGGAAUAAAGAAUGACACGCUAGGUAUACGACCAAGGUGCGCAGUUUCACAGCAGCAGGAGAGAUGGCCACUAUUCCUACAAGCGUCGUCACCUCAACGAGCAUUUACACCACCACGGUACCGCUAUGUCAAGGCACGACGAUGCCGCUCUGUCAAGGCACGGUUGAAAACCACCAACUGUGUGCGACUUCGACGGUCACUUUACCGAUACAAGUGACUAUACCUCCUGUGGUAGCCCACACUGUUGUUCAGCCAACGCCAGCUCUAUCCGGCACAAUUACGGUGCCUGCAGUGACACCCACAGUGACGCCCAUAACAUCUUCUUCAAAUGUGGGAGCCGCUGGUAAUGUUGGAGGUGCCGCAGCAUGUGCACCAGCCCUGACUACAACCCUAGUCAAGUCUGUCGUGCCUACAAGCCUCCCAGAAAGGCAUGUGAACACAGGUGAUGGUGUUCAGGUUCUGAAUAAGCAGCGGCUUCAAGACCUGGUCAAAGAAGUGGACCCGAAUGAGCAACUGGAUGACGAUGUUGAAGAACUCCUCUUGCAAAUUGCGGAUGAAUUUAUCGAAAAUGUGGUGACAUCAUCCUGUCGUAUCGCUAAGCAUCGCAAAUCUAGCGUCCUGGAAACCAAAGAUGUUCAGCUGAGCCUUGAGAAAAACUGGAACAUGUGGAUACCUGGCUUUGGUGCUGAAGAGGUGCAACCGUACAAAAAGGCAAGCAGCACGGAAGCACACAAGCAGCGCAUGGCCCUCAUCAGAAAGACCCUCAAGAAAUACUAACGUCCAUUCUUGCGACAUCUAUUACUGUUUUUUGGAUAUGUUUGUGAAUAAAAGAAUGUUCACUGUG